AUGCAAGAGUUGACGUCAAUCCGCGUGGGCCCCCGCGAAGGAAACAAUCGUGUGUGGAGCGUAUGUUGGAAUCCAGCCGGGACACUGCUUGCCGCUUGUGGCGAAGACCGCGCUGUUAGAAUAUGGGCAUUUGAUAAAGAUGAUCCAAAGAAUCUGCGCCCGGUCUGCACCCUCAACGACUCGCACAACCGCACGAUUCGCUCGGUGUCCUUCUCGCACUGCGGCCGCUUCCUCGUGUCGUCCAGUUUUGACACAACAAUCGUCGUCUAUGCACGGGAUCAAAGCGGGAGCUGGGAAGAGGCGAACAAGCUCGAGGGGCACGAGAAUGAGGUGAAAGCGGCCGUCUUCUCCCCGUCCGAUCGUUUUCUGGCCACGUGCAGCCGGGAUAAAAGUGUCUGGUUUUGGCAGUUAGAUGAGGAUGACGACUUCUCGGUGACCUCCGUCCUUCAACCCCACACUGGCGAUGUGAAGAGUGUCCUUUGGCACCCACAGGAAGAUAUAGCGCUGUCGCUGAGCUUCGAUGCCUCCAUCCGCUUCUACAAAUACGACGGCGAGGAUUUCGUGACGUUGCAGAAGAUUGAGCAGGCUCACGAAGGCACGGUUUGGGCAGCGGCAUUUGACGCGAAGGGCGAACGCCUCAUCACCGUCGGAGAAGACCGAGUUGUACAGCUAUGGAGCCGCGGGGCGGGCGAAUGGAGAAGCGUCGCCAAAUAUCGGGUGGAUGACUGUCGAUGGCCCCUCUAUACGGUAGAUUGGAAUCCGGUGACUGGCCUCGUUGCCGUCGGCUCUGGCGAUCGGCGGAUACGGUUGUUUGCUGUUGUCAAGGCGGAAGAUGGGAUCGAGAGCACCCAGCCGAUUUCCUCUUCCGUACACCAUGACGGUGAUGUGAAUUGCGUGAAAUGGCACCCAACCAUCCCGUCAAUCCUGGUCUCCGCUUCUGAUGAUGCCACCAUAUCCCUGUUUCACGUCGAUCCACCUGCCUACGGUGCUUCCUCAAUGCUCAAGUUUUCUUCGCGUUUUUUUAAAAAUCAUGUUGUGAUUUUGUUG